CUUUUUUUUUUAAUUUUUUUUAGUUUUCAAAAUGAGUGAUUUUUUCUCUAUAAACAAAAAGAAGCCUAAAGUUGCAGAAUCUUCAGUUUUAAAAAGUAAUCAAAAUUUACCAUGGGUCGAGAAAUAUCGACCUAAAACUAUAGAUGACGUUGCUUACCAGGAAGAAGUGGUAAAUGUUUUACGAAGUACUAUAACAGGAAAUAAUUUUCCCAAUUUAUUGUUUUAUGGAAGACCUGGAACUGGAAAGACUUCAACAAUUUUAGCUGUUUGCAAGCAGUUAUUUGGGCAUGAUUUAUACAAAAGUAGAGUAUUGGAAUUGAAUGCAUCAGAUGAACGCGGUAUACAGGUAAUUCGAGAGAAAGUAAAAAAUUUUGCCAGCCAGUCUGUUUCUUCUUUCAAAGUAGAUGGUACACCUUGUCCUCCUUUCAAAGUUGUGAUUCUUGAUGAAGCAGACUCAAUGACAACAAGUGCUCAAGCAGCUUUAAGACGUACCAUGGAGCGUCAAACAAAAACAACAAGAUUUUGUCUAAUCUGCAACUACGUCAGUCGAAUUAUAGAACCAAUAACAUCGCGCUGUGCAAAAUUUCGUUUCAAAGAGUUAUCAUCAAAUGCAAUUUAUGAACAAUUAAAAUAUAUUUCACGUAUGGAGGCAGUUAAAAUUGAAGAAGAGGCUUUGGAACAGCUAAUUGAAUCUUCAGAUGGAGAUAUGCGAAAGGCAAUCACAUAUUUACAAAGUGCUCAUCGUCUAAAAUUAGGAGAAAUAAUUUUGGCUAAUGAUAUUUUUGAAAUGACUGGUAAAGUUCCUAAAACUAUGGUUGCUGAUAUAAUGAAAGCAUGUUCUUCUGGAUCUUUUGAAAAACUUGAUAAACAAGUUAAGUUAAUGAUGACUGGUGGAUAUUCUGCAUCUCAGCUUAUUACCCAGUUACAUGAUGAAAUCAUAAGUCUUUUAACAAUUAAUGACAAACAAAAAUCCAUCAUACUAGAAAAGCUUGCGAUUGUCGAGAAAUGUCUCUGUGACGGUGCUGACGAAUACUUGCAAAUUAUGGCGAUUGGUACAGUUAUAAUGGAGAGUGUUCGAUAAAUAGAAAAAAAAUGUUUCUGAAAAAAAAAAGAAAAGCUAAUGGUAGCAAAAUACUUUGCAGUCGAGAAUUCAUUUGGUUUGGCACAAUAAAAUGGUAUAUAUAUAUAUAUAUAU